CUCUCAGACUCAACUCCAUUUUGUCUCUGUUGGAAAAGCAGAAAAACCUCAACACCAGGCAGAAACGGUGAUAUAAAUGUCACACAACAUGGAUUGCUGAAUAAAAGAGUGUCAGUAAUUCCAGCAGAAGAGAUCAGCAUCUUCAGGACUCAGCUGUGUGUCCAUGAGCGGUCUGUGUUUACACUAAUAUUCAAACAUGGAGACCCCUGACCUGGACACAGAUAAUGUGACUCCACCCUCAAACAACCAUAAACUACAGAGAAAGAGAUCAGACUCACCAGAACCCAGCUGUGUCUCCAUGAAGAGCGAUGCGUCUAUGGAUCCUCCUCGGAACUUUAGAAAUAGAGACUCCUCACCUGACAACAGUAAACUACAGAGAAAGAGAUCAGACUCCCCAGAACCCAGCUGUGUCUCCAUGAAGAGUGAUGCGUCUAUGGAUCCUCCUCGGAACUUUAAAAAUGGAAACCCCUCGUCUGUACACAGUAAACUACAGAGAAAGAGAUCAGACUCACCAGAACCCAGCUGUGUCUCCAUGAAGAGCGAUGCGUCUAUGGAUCCUCCUCGGAACUUUAGAAAUAGAGACUCCUCACCUGACAACAGUGUUCUACAGAAGUCAGGAGACAGAAGAGAAAAGAACAUCAUCACAGCUACAGGACACGACCCGGAACCUGCUGCUGUAAAUGAAUUCCAGAAAAUGUUCAAAUUAAAUCUGGUGAAGAAGUUUCAGUGUUUAAAUGGAGUGAUGAUAAACCUGGAAAACCGAACACUCCUGAAUGAGAUCUACACAGAGCUCUACAUCACAGAGGGAGACAGUGGAGACGUCAAUAAAGAACAUGAGGUGAGACAGAUCGAGGCAGCAUCCAGGAGAACAACAACAGCGGAAACACCAAUCAAAUGCAAUGACAUCUUUAAGCCCUUAUCUGAUCAAGACAAACCCAUCAGAACUGUGCUGACAAAGGGAGUCGCUGGCAUCGGAAAAACAGUUUCUGUGCAGAAGUUCAUUCUGGACUGGGCUGAAGGGAAAGCAAAUCAGGACGUCCAGCUCAUGUUUCCACUUCCUUUCAGAGAGCUGAAUUUGAUGAAGGACCAUAAACUGAGUCUGAUGGAUCUCCUUCAUGUCUGUUUUAAGGAGACAAAAGAAACAGAAAUGUCCAGUUUGGAAAAGGUUCUGUUCAUUUUUGACGGAUUGGACGAGUAUCGUUUUCCUCUGGAUUUCCAGAACACAGAGAGAGUGUGUGAUGUAACUGAAUCAGCAUCAGUGCAUGUGCUGCUGAUAAACCUGAUCAAAGGGAAUCUGCUUCCCUCUGCUCUCAUCUGGAUCACCUCCCGACCAGCAGCAGCUGAUCAAAUCCCCUCUGAGUGUGUCCAUCGAGUCACAGAGGUACGAGGGUUCAAUGACCCACAGAAGGAGGAGUACUUCAGGAAGAGGAUCAGUGAUCAGAGCCUGGCCAAUAACAUCAUCACACACCUGAAGUCAUUAAGAAGCCUCUACAUCAUGUGCCACAUCCCAGUCUUCUGCUGGAUUUCAGCCACUGUUCUAGAGAGAAUGUUGGAUGAAGCAGAGAGUGGAGAGAUGCCCAAGACUCUGACUCAAAUGUACACACACUUCCUCAUCAUUCAGACAAACAUCAUAAGAGAAAAGUACUCGAAGAAGCAGGAGAGUGAUGAAGAAAUGCUUCUCAAACUGGGACACCUGGCUUUUCAGCAGCUGAUGAAAGGCAACCUGAUCUUCUAUGAGGAAGACCUGAGAGAGUGUGGCAUUGAUGUGAGAGAAGCAGCAGUGUACUCAGGUGUGUGUACUCAGAUCUUCAGAGAAGAGUUUGGACUUCACCAGAGUAAAGUGUACUGCUUUGUUCAUCUGAGCAUUCAGGAGCAUCUCGCAGCUCUGUAUGUGCACCUGACAUUCAUGAAGGAAAAGAGAAAUGUUCUUGAACAGAGUCGGGUCUUUAAGACAAUUUCAGAUGUCCUCAAGAGUGCUGUAAAUCAGGCCUUAUACAGUGAGACCGGAAAUCUAGAUCUUUUCCUUCGUUUUCUUCUGGGUCUCUCACUGGAGUCCAAUCAGAACCUCUUACAUUCCUUACUAACACAUACAGAAAGUAGCUCCCAGACAGGAAAGGGGGACACAGUACAGUACAUCAAGGAGAAGAUCAGUGGAGAUACCCCUACAGAGAAAUCCAUCAAUCUGUUCCACUGUCUGAAUGAACUGGGGGACAAUUCUCUAGUGGAGGAAAUCCAACGCUACCUGAAAUCUGGAACACAAAGUGAACUCUCUUCUUCACAGUGGUCUGCUCUGGUGUUUGUCUUACUGACAUCAGCAGAGGAACUGGAGGAAUUUGACCUGAGUAAAUAUAUCUCUACAGAUAAAAUAACAGAUUGGAUUCUUGAGAAGGUGAUGCCUGUGAUUGCAGCAUCCAGAAAAGCAAUUAUCAGGUGUGAUACAAUUCAAUACAGUGGUUGGUCAGCUCUGGACUCAGUGCUCAGCUCAGAAACCUCCAAUCUGAGAGAACUGCAUCUGACUGUGGAUACACUGGAUCUGACUGGGAGUGAUCUAGGAGACUCAGGAGUGAAGCGUCUCUCUGCUCUACUGGAGAAUCCUCAGUGUAAAGUAAAAAAUCUGAAGCUGAGUAGGUGUGAUAUCUCAGAUGAACGCUGUGCUGCUCUGACUUCAGCUCUGAGAUCAAACCCCUCACACCUGAGAGAACUGGAUCUGUCCUGGAAUAAUCUAGGAGACUCAGGAGUGAAAAGUCUCUCUGCUGUACUGGAGAAUCCUCUCUGUAAACUGGAGAAACUAAAGUUGGAGUAUUGUGAUAUCUCAGGUGAAGGCUGUGCUGCUCUGACUUCAGCUCUGAGAUCAAACCCCUCACACCUGAGAGAACUGGAUCUGUCUAGGAAUAAACUAGGAGACUCAGGAGUGAAGAGUCUCUCUGCUGUACUGGAGAAUCCUCUCUGUAAACUGGAGAUACUGUGGUUGGAAGAUUGUGAUGUCUCAGAUGAAGGCUGUGCUGCUCUGACUUCAGCUCUGAGAUCAAACCCCUCACACCUGAGAGAACUCAAUCUGUCUGUGAAUAAACUAGGAGACUCAGGAGUGAAGAGUCUCUCUGCUGUACUGGAGAAUCCUCACUGUAAACUGGAGAUACUGAAGUUGUGUAAGUGUGGUGUCUCGGUUGAAGGCUGUGCUGCUCUGACUUCAGCUCUGAGAUCAAACCCCUCACACCUGAGAGAACUGAAUCUGUCUGUGAAUAAACUAGGAGACUCAGGAGUGAAGAGUCUCUCUGCUGUACUGGAGAAUCCUCUCUGUAAACUGGAGAAACUGACGAUGUCCAAUUGUGAUAUCUCGGGUGAACGCUGUGCUGCUCUGACUUCAGCUCUGAGAUCAAACCCCUCACACCUGAGAGAACUGGAUCUGUCUCUGAAUAAACUAGGAGACUCAGGAGUGAAGUGUCUCUCUGCUGGACUGCAGAAUCCUCUCUGUAAACUGGAGAUACUGAGGUUGUGUGAUUGUGGUGUCUCAGGUGAAGGCUGUGCUGCUCUGGCUUCAGCUCUGAGAUCAAACCCCUCAUACCUGAUAGAACUGAAUGUGUCUGGGAAUGAAAUAGGAGACUUAGGAGUGAAGAGUCUCUCUGCUCUGAAGAAUGAUAAACAAUCCAAACUACAGACACUGAGAUUUUACUAGACUACACACAUCUCUGUACCGAGUAGAACAACCUGUGAUCCCUGGGCAACAUUUCCUCAAUCCCAAUGAAAACCUGAGGGAUUAUUUGGAACAGCAGGUGAAAAACCACACGGACUCCAGCUGAAGCCAGUCAGUGGAAGACGGAGCUGAAAUGGAUAGGAACAGUUUCAUGACAUUGGUGGGAUUCUCACCUGACAGGAUUAGCAUCUGAGGAGUUUAUGUGAAGAAGCCCCUAGGAGACUCACCACAAGUCACAUUUCUCACUCUGUCCUUUAGUUGGUAUUUAAUAUAGUGUAGAUCUUAAAUCCUCAGACAUGGUGUUCCUGAGCUGUUAGGAAUCAUCAUCAUAAUUAGAGCUGCUCAAGUUUGAUUCCCAUCACACGCAGUCAUGAACACAUGACACACAAUGUGCUUCUUCCCCAAACUGUUUCCACAAAGUCUGAAACACACAAUUGUACAGAAACUCUUUGAAUCUAUUUAUGUGUAAAACUUACAACAGCAAUAAUUGUUUACCAGAAGGUGUUAAUCCUACAAAUCCGGCAUCUAAUCAUCAGCAGUUUUUAAUAAGCUUACUGGCUAUUUUAAACAGUUUCUGGCUAUUUUAAACAUUUUCUUUUAAAAAAAAAAUAUAUCAAAUACAUUGAGCAUGUGUAAAAGUUUGAAUAAGACUCUCAUACACAUAACAAAAUAAUCUGAUCCAGUUUUCUGUUCACACUUUAAACCCAGGAUUGACUUUCCCAGUAUUUUCCCAGCACACGUGCACAACCCCAUCAUCAUCAACUGCAGAGAAAACAAGUGUAUAAAGCUGAGUGUAGAGUGCGUGUGCGUACCUUUUUUUGCUCCAGUAAGGGCAGAGAGUCUAUGAGCAGAGUCAUCCAGAAGCUGUGUGGAGAGAUCUUUGCUGUCAUGAGGGAGAGCAGGAGCUUCACCGCCUCUGUGAACUUCUUCUCUUCAUACACUCAUGGUACUUUAUUGUCAAAUGACAAAGCGCGGUGAUGCACAGUGGGAGCGUGAGUAAGAUCUGUAAUAUCAGUGUACAGUGUGAAUUUGUGUACAGUAUAUAACAUAGAAUGUCCCUCAUAGCUAUCCGCCCGAGCGGGAAUGGCACCAGCAGUUGGAAGAAAAAUGGAAGAACACACUUAACUGACAAGUCCUUUGCUCUGUUGCGGAAUGAAGCGUGGAGAAAACUGGAUAACGGCGGACGGCAGAGAUAAAGGAGGCGAAUAACGCUUAGUACGUGAGGUAACCACGAAGGGAGUCAGAAUGGUAGCUACUCACAUAGAGCCUGAUGAGACCAGAUAACAAGUAUGUGAUAUCAGUGUGCUUAUGAAUAGUUCAUGAUUAGGGUGAUACAGGUGUGGCAGGUUAGUACUCAGGUGAUUGUGAACAGGUAAGUGGAGCUGAAGGACCUGGUGUUGACGGUAUGCUGGAUGAAUCUGUGACAGAACACCCCCCCCCCCCCCCCCCCGCCUCAGGAAGUCUUUAUCACUCCCAGAAUCUGCCCCCUCAUCCGUGUCUGACUCCUUUCUCAUCUUCUGAACAGAAACAUCAAACUGGGAUCAGUACUUUUAACAAGUUACAGUUUCACCACUGACUGCUACAAAGCACUGACACUGAACACUCCUUCCAUAAACGUCUCCUUCCAAUAAACUCUCACUAUGUUAAUCUUUAGCAAUGUUAAAUGUUCACAGUUCUGAUUACAUUUAUGGAUACAUGUGGCAAAAAUGCUGUUUUUCUUAUGUGGCUUUGUUAAUAAUGCUGGUUAAUGUAAUACAAGGACAAUAUUUUAGGUAGUCCAUCGUGAAUGUAGCAUAAAUAAUGAUGUAAAUCUUUUCUAGCAUAAGGCGAUAUCAUAAAGGCAGCUCUAAAAAAAAAAAAAAGAAUGGAUAAAGAAUUUUGCCAGAGCCGUAUCUCCCUGCAGUUCUCACCUGGUUUCCCAUUGAUGCUAAACAGGGUUGAGUGUGGCCAGCACCUGGAUGGGAGACCUCCUGGGGAAGACUAAGGUUGCUGCUGAACUUGGUAUUAGUGAGGCCAGCAGGGGGCACUCGCCUUGUGUACUGUGUGGGGCUCAAUGUUCCAGUAUAGUGAAGGGGACACUAUACUAUAAAAACAGCAAUGUCUUUCAGAUGAGACGUUAAACUGAGGUCCUCUGUGGCCAUAAAAAAUCCCAGGACACUUAUGGUAAAAUAGUGUCCAGGUGAAAUUCCCCCAUUGGCCCUUCUCCAUCAUGGCCACCUAAUGAUCCCCAUCUCUGAAUUGGCUACAUCACUCUCUCCUCUCCACUAAUAGCUGGAUCAUCCAGCUGGAUGAUAACACAGGACAAUCUGUUCAAUUUAAAUGAACUAUUAUUUCACCACAACCUUGCAGCGGUUGCUUAAUUAUGUAAAUGAUACAUUACCCUUUAAAAAAUCAUCCCACAAACGCUCUGAACUGUGUCGAAUAAAUCUAUUAAGUCUGUACCGGUACGUCUCGGAUAUUGUCAUGAUGAGACGUUAGGACCAGGAAGGAAACACUUUCAAGUUGAGUGAGUGACUGUUAGCAUCAUCUUUUCUUUUUUUAAUAAUUUUUAUUUAUUUAUUUAUUUUUUGCAUCUUUCAAACGCCCAGCUGCAAUAACAUCACUGUGCAGAUAAACCACAUUUUAGACUCAUUGGCUGGCAUCAUUUCCCGAUUUUAAAAAACAACAACCCAUAAUUUAUUUCAUGUACAGAGUCUAUUCUGAAGACAAGAAGUCUGUUUGUUGAACUAGUCCACUGUUCACUAAAGGAGACCUGAGUGUAAAACUGCAUGUGGUAAUUGCAGUCCCAAGGCCAUCGCAGCAACCGUAGUCCCAGCAACCACAGCAAGAAUCCAUCCGUCUUCUACCGCUUACUCCUUUUCAGGGUCACGAGGAACCUGGAGCCUAUCCCCGGGAGCAUCGGGCACAAGGCAGGGUACACCCUGGACAGGGUGCUAGUCCACAACGAGAAUGUCCAUGUGGAAUUGGAGUUAUACACUUAUAUUAUAUAUAUUGAUAUCAUGCACAUCUGCUAGAAAUAGUCCUGUUUAAAAUGCUAGCAAAUACUUAGUUUUAUUUUUUGAAGAACUUCCACUCCUGAUUCUCAUUUGGAUAAAAACAAAAGAAAAACCCCGGCUCUUAAUGUAUCGUGUUGCCUUCUCGAGCAUCAGUGAUACUAGUCCCUCAGUGUGAAAAGAUGGAUCUCAACAUCAUAUAGUCACUACUGGAAAGGGGUAAAAAAUGUAGAAGAUACUGGAAAAGCAGAGAAUUUGCAGGAUUUUUCUGAAUAACAGUGGGCAGUUUUACUGCUCAGGACAAACAAGGGACUCAUGGUCAACUCUCACAAAACAUAAAAACAGUCAUGGAUCAACCAAUUAAGGACACAUGGUAUUAAUAAUCAAGCAUGUGUAAACUUUUGAGCAGGGUAAUUUUUAUGAAUUCAGUUAUCUUCUUGUCUUGAGGACGAUAUGUAAACAUCUGUUAUGUGAAAUAGAUUAUUAGAUAAUUAGAUUACUAUAUAAACAACAACAUGGGAGUUUUAUGAUCGCUCUUAUUUUGUUAACAGUAUUAAGAUUUAUAAGGAGUAUGCAAACAUUUGGGCACAAAUAUAAAUAAAAAUAUAUCAAAUAAAAAAA